AAACAUGCAAUACAAUUUAACUUAAUUUUAAAAACUUAGUCUAAUUUUUUCUAUGAUUAGUAAUAAAUUUCCUCUCCUAAUCGGGUUGUUUUAUAAGUUUAUUACAGUAUAUGGGCCGGGUAUGGGUAUCGGUUCGGAUUCGACCCAUUUGUGAAUCUUAGAGAAAGUGCAAAUCCUUCUUGAAGAGCAAUCAAAACAACAAACAAAGGUGACCAUCUUCAUUUCAAUUUCAGCAGAGAGAUUCGGAGGAAGAAAUUGAAGGAGACGAAGAUCGCCAUGGAACCAAAGCUAACUGAGGUCUCGCAGCACAUCGAUCGCUUCAAAGCUGCGUUUGUUAGGCACGAUUAUGAUUCUUGUAGCAAUCUCCUCUCUCAGCUGAAGGUUUUUUUAACUGGAUUCAGAAGUCUUCCACCAUUGUUCGAAGAUACGCCCAAUGCAGUCCAUGAAUUGACGGUAGCUAGGGAUAUAUACGAGCAUGCUGUAUUACUUAGUGUGAAGAUUGAAGAUCAAGAUGCAUUUGAAAGAGAUUUCUUCCAAUUGAAGCCUUACUAUACUGAUGCUCGUAACCGCCUUCCGCCAUCCCCUCAGGAGUAUCCCAUCUUGGGUCUCAACCUUUUGAGGCUUCUUGUGCAGAACAGAAUUGCUGAAUUUCAUACUGAACUUGAACUUCUCUCCACCUCUGCUUUGGAGAACCCAUGCAUUAAACAUGCUGUAGAGCUGGAGCAAUCUUUCAUGGAAGGGGCUUACAACCGUGUGUUGAGUGCUCGACAGACAGUGCCACAUGAAACUUUUGGUUAUUUUAUGGACCUCCUUGCAAAGACUGUAAGGGAUGAAAUAGCCGGUUGCAGUGAAAAGGCAUAUGAUUAUCUUUCAAUAAGUAAUGCCCGCCAAAUGCUGCUGUUUUCCUCUGACCAGGAACUUUUGGAAUAUGUCAAGAAGGAGCAUCCCGAGUGGGAGAUAACGAACGGCAUCUUAUAUUUCCAGAAGGUGAAAGAAUCUGCACCUUGCAAGGAAAUUCCUUCUGUUCAACUUAUCAACCAAACACUCAGUUACGCAAGGGAGUUGGAGCGGAUUGUAUGAACCAAGCUAGCAGCUUCUCAGGAUUGUCAUCUGCUGAUUUAUAACAUGCCAAGGUUUUAUGAUUCUCCCUCCCCCCUCUUAUGAUCAUUAUGGGGUUUUAUUUUUUUUCCAAACAAAGUUAUUUUUUUUGUUGACAUCGACUCAGAUUUGCAUCAAAUUAUCUUGGUAACUUCAUUAACAUAAGAUGACUGUUCAUGCAUUUUUCUUU